ACACCUCCUCUUCUUCAGCACCCAAAGUCGAAGGAAAGCUCUGCUUGUGGGCCUUUCAAUGGAGGAAAGUGCUGCAUUUGUCACUGUUGCAUAAUAUUGCCCACUUCUCCGUCCCCGUUUGUAAUUGCAUUUUCUUACAUUCAUUGCUGAGGUGGGAUCGAAGUGGCGUCAAACAUGCGUAAAAAUCAACGCCAUCCAAGCAGAGAAGCACCGAGAGAGGAUUUAACGCCGCUCGUCUGAGGCCAACCUCGAAUUAUUGUUUUUUUUCCCCUCCUCCCUCAACUCUCAUCGAUCAAAUAAGGAGAUUUCUCUCAGAGUUUGCACCGCAGAGCAGCUUUUCGACGACGUCAAUCCUGCAACGAUUGGAUCCCGACUCCCGGAGCGACGGGCAAACCUGUAGGCAGCCAUGGGUGCGUUCCUGGACAAGCCGAAGACGGAGAAGCACAGCGCCCACGGCGACGGCAACGGCCUUCGCUACGGCCUGAGCUCCAUGCAGGGAUGGCGGGUGGAGAUGGAGGACGCCCACACGGCCGUGGUGGGCCUCCCCCACGGACUCACCGACUGGUCCUUCUUCGCCGUCUACGACGGCCACGCCGGUUCCCGCGUGGCCAACUACUGCUCGGGCCACCUGCUGGAGCACAUCUUGUCGGGCGGCGCCGAGUUCAGCUCGGGGCCCGGCUCGGUGGAAGGCGUGAAGGACGGCAUCCGCGCCGGCUUCCUGAAAAUCGACGAGUACAUGCGCAGCUUCUCGGACCUGCGGCAGGGCCUGGACCGCAGCGGCUCCACGGCGGUGUGCGUGCUGCUCAGCCCCAGCCACCUCUACUUCAUUAACUGCGGAGACUCGCGGGCCGUGCUGAGCCGAGACAACAAGGUGGGCUUCUCCACGCAGGACCACAAGCCCUGCAACCCCCGCGAGAAGGAGCGCAUCCAGAAGGCCGGCGGCUCGGUCAUGAUCCAGAGGGUCAACGGCUCCCUGGCCGUUUCCCGGGCCCUGGGGGACUACGACUACAAAUGCGUGGACGGCAAAGGUCCCACGGAGCAGCUGGUGAGCCCCGAGCCCGAGGUCUGCGUGCUGGAGCGGGCGGCCCAGGGCGACGAGUUUGUGGUGCUGGCGUGCGACGGCAUCUGGGACGUCAUGUCCAACGAGGAGCUCUGCGAGUUUGUGCGUUCGCGGCUUCUGGUGUGCGAGGACCUGGAGAAGGUGUGCAACUCGGUGGUGGACACCUGCCUGCACAAGGGGAGCAGAGACAACAUGAGCGUGGUCCUGGUGUGUUUGCCCGGCGCCCCCCAACUCUGCGAGGAGGCCGUCAAGAAAGAGGAGGAGUUAGACAAAUAUCUGGAGGCCCGCGUCGAGGAGCUCCUGGCCAAUUGCGGCGAGGCCGGAACGCCCGACCUGGUGUCCGUGCUGAGGAGCAUCGCCACAGAGAACAUCCCCAACCUUCCGCCGGGGGGAGGCCUGGCGAGCAAACGAAGCGUGAUCGAAGCGGUGUACAACAAGCUGAACCCUCACAAAGAAGAAGAGGGGUGUGCCAGCGAGCCGGAAGACCCCUGGUAGCCGUGGCGACCGCCGGCGCCCGCUCCACCCGGUGCUCGAUUGCAUCUGCCUUGUGGAGGUGGAGCAGCAACAGGAGGGGGAGGAGGAGGGUCUCAUAGCACCAUGUUCUUCACCUAAAUUGGACUUUGGGUGUGUGCGUAAGUCUGUAUGUAUGUAUGUGUGUGUGUGCGUGCGCCGGCGGGAUGACAUGACACACAGACUGCCUCAAACCGGGAGGGGAAAUUGUCAAGAUUUUAUGAAGCAUUGUAAUGGUUAGAAAGAUUUUUUUUUUUUAAACCAUUAAGGUUUUUUUUUCUCCUUGAAUGUCGACGCCUGACAUCACAAUGACAUGAGGACCGCCUGCGUGUGCAUCUGUAUGUGUGAUGAAUGGCUGAGAGAAGUUUGUGGAUACAGACUGUACGCAAUUCUUCUCCUGGACUUUUUUUUGGGUAAGGGGGGGGGGGCUCUUUUUGGCCCCUUCCACGCCAAGCACACGCAUUAACACUUCCGCCCGUGCACGAACUGUAAUGUGUUGCGCCACCCACGCAGGCCACACACUGCAUGAGGAUGUUCAAGGACAUGUCAUUUAUAGAUUGCCAUGGACUGACUCCGCCCCCCAGCAGCUUCUGGACUCUGACUUGCCGAUGUCUUCUUUGUGUGUCGUCACUCUGAUGAUGAUCAGGCAAGAAGAAAGGGCAGGAUGGAACUUGUCUAAAAAGGGGUGUUAGAGUGUAGUAUCACUGGUUGGACUUUGAUUGUUGGUGAAAUGGCAGGGAGGGUUACGACCCUGCCUAUCCCCCCUUUAUUAGCAGCGCACAUGGAGGCAUGUUUUUUUUUGUUUGUUUUUUUCCCCCCCCUCCGAAUUAAUUUUUUUUGUAUUCCCACCCCCCUCUUCCCUUGUUGUCCAUGAGGUUCCUUAGGUGCUCGCUUGGUAGAGUGAGUGAAGUGGUCGUUUUAAAAAGAAUCCAGUUCUUUGUAUUGCUGUUGUUUGUUUGUUUGUUUGUUUGCACUCAACAUUUGAUUACAGAAAAAGCGUCUAUAUGUGAAAUAAAACGCGAGAGGGGGGGAAAUAAGACAUUUGCUGGAUGUCCUUUUCUGCUGCCAAAAAUAAAAGGUGAUGAGGCGAGGUCAGUGA